AUGUCUUCAAAGCCAGGUUUGCAAAUGCCUGGCCAGCCAGGAGGGACUGGUCACUGGGGCCGGGACGGGUGGGCAUCAUGCUGCAAGGGCCUUUGUGGAUCCAUUGGCCGAUUGCAUUGUAUUGGGCACUGUGGCAAGGGGUCAUUCUUGUACCACGUUUCCUUGCUAGACAAGCAUGCCAAGGACAAGCACCUGCUGCAGGGGUUGUGUGAGGAAAACUCGAGGGUGUGUUUUGAACGUACGUGGCCCGGGGGUGUCUCGAUUGCAUCGACAGCUCUUGCGUAUGGGUAUUUCGCAAUCUACCUGGUGCACAUGAAGCGCUCCUUCAAGCUGCUGCACUGCAGGAGCUACGACCAGCACCGAUGGGGAUUCAUUCGCCUUCGGUACGACCUGUCCACAAUUGGGCCUGCUUUUUUGUUUCUCCUGCUGAGCCAUAGCCUCCUCUUUGCGAUUGACAGCCACAGCUGCUUCAGCUACACCAUAGUUAUUUUUGGCUAUGUGCCGCCUGAAGUGGUCUUCAAUGUGCUCACUGCCAUAAAUGUAGUAUUUUUCAUGCCAACGUGGCAACAGAAUGAGGAUCAAGCAUCAAUACCAGUUGGCGACAGGUUGGCCUGGACUGAGACUGUCCAGUUCAGGAGACAGGGGCUCAGCAAGCAGGAAGGUUUGAACCGGAAGAGGGAUGGUUUGAGCUGUGCUCUGCAGGCAUCAUUUUGCUUUGAAACGGCCGUCAAGGUGUAUUACUUGUGCGAGGCAGUCUACGAACACUGCUCCAGGGCAGAAGAUGCCAAGCUUCAGGAUGCUAAGUUGCAGAGUGCCAGGUCCCAUAGGAAGCCUGUGGGGCAGCGCAGUACCUCGUUUGAUCUGAGUGUUGCGAUGAACCUGUACAACCUGGAGCACUGCAAGUUUGUGAAGGAGAAGCUGGACACAAAUGCGCUCAUCGCCUGGAAUGAGACCACCAUCGUUGUGUCUUUUCGAGGCACGUACAGUGCCACGAACUUGCUGACUGACCUGCAGUUAUGGCGGCUGCCACACCCAGAGCCUAGGGGGCACUUCUGGCUGGGGACGAUGCCACUCGUGCACAAGGGCUUCCUUCAGAGCUGGAAAGCACUGAGCAGCAGCAUAGAGUCCAAGAUCUUGGAGAUCGUUGGGUCACCAGGCUUCAAAAAGGCAGACAUGUGGGUGUUGCUGACAGGGCAUUCUUUGGGUGGGGCAAUCGCUCAGCUGGCGGCAUACGACAUACGCAAACUUCUCAGUUUGAGGGAGGAUCAGGUGUCCGUUUACACCCUGGGCUGCCCUCGUGUGGGCAACCAUGCCUUUGCUCACGAUUACUCCAAGUUUGUGCCUGACACCUGGCAUGUGGUGAAUCACCUAGAUGCCAUAGCCAAGGCACCAAAGCUUUGGAUCCUCUACAAACACUGUGGGCACAAAGUGGUGAUCAACGGCCUGGGGCAUCUGAUCGUGAGUCCAACGUUUUUGGAAAUGAAACUGACGAGCGCCUUUGCCAGCAGCAGAAUCCAUGACCACUUGCUUUCUGGCUACAGAAAGAGUUUGUGCGCCAUAGUCCGUGCACAGUUCAUUAAGGACAAGGGACUACCUGGAGGGAGAAAUGCACUUGCUGAGUUGAUGCGCGGGGGCCUUGUUUCGCAAGUGCUGGGUGUGGAUGGGAGGGCUGUGGCUGAGCUUGAAUCCUGGGGCAGCAGGGCGUGGGAGAAAGAGAAGCAAAUCAAGAUCGACAAGUUGAGGAAGAAAUUGCAGGCGGCAGCCACGUGUCUUUGCUUGCCCCUGGUGGGCUGUGUUAGUGGAGCAAAGAAUGGAGAAGAAGAAAGUGCAGGUGCACAAUCGAUGAAUGCUGAGAUUGCAGGCCUGUCUGCCAGCAACAGAGGGAAGAGCGAUCAAGCGACUUCAUCAGUAAGCACUGCUGCUGAUGUCUGCUGA